AGCUAGCCAUGGCGAGCCAGCGGGUUGACGUACAUCAUCAUUUUGUACCAUCAUUCUACGUGCGGGCAUUGCAGGAAGGUGGCGGUGACCCCUCAGGAUGGAAGGUCCCUGAUUGGACACUGGACAAGGACCUCCAAUUCAAUGAUGAGGAAGGAAUCGCCUUUACUCUUCUCUCUAUCACAGCGCCCGGCGCCGACAUCCUUCCCCUCUCCAAACAAGCCAGCUUUUGCCGCGAGGCCAACGAGUUUGCAGCGCAUGUCCGCUCUACCCACCCUACGCGCUACGGCUUCUUCGCCAGUAUUCCUUCCCUGCUGGACCCAGCCUCCGCCCACAGCGAGCUUACCUACGCCCUGGAUACCCUCCAUGCUGACGGUGUCAUCUUGUACACCCGCUAUGGCUCCGAUAAUCACUACUUGGGUCACCCCGACUUUCGUUUCACGUGGGACCUUCUCGACUCUCGCGGCACAGUUGUUUUUGUCCAUCCAACUCACCCAGUUGACACGGCCUUGGUGGACCCCUUCCUCCCUCAGCCAAUGAUUGACUACCCGCAUGAAACUACCAGAGCGGCUGUCGAUCUUAUCGUCUCGGAUACGCUGCGCUCGCACCCUAACGUCAAGGUCAUCUUAUCCCACGCAGGUGGCUCGCUACCUUAUCUUGCAUUGCGACCGGCGGCCAUGCUGCCCUACAUCCCGUCCGCGGAAGGAGCCGAUGGUCACAAAAAGUCCACUAGAGACUUCCUGGAAGAAGCCAGAAGCUUCUACUUUGACACAGCGCUGUCGAGCAGCCAUUUAACACUGGAGUUGCUGAAGGGAUUCGCAAAGCCGGGGCACGUUCUGUUUGGGAGUGAUUUUCCGUACGCGCCAACGCCGGCGAUUCGACUGAUGAACAAAUUGGUUAACGAUUAUGAGAAGAAGGAAGCGGCUUACGCACGUGCUAUCAACACUAGCGCAGCUGUGGCGCUGUUCCCGAGGCUUGCAAAGGUGUUGGACACUGGCGCAAAAUCCGUUUAGCGUUUGUAGUUUGGAAUCUGGUACCAAUCAUAUGCGUU